AUGUCCUACGGUCAGGACUUCGGGAAUUUCAUUGGCUACUGUGGAGUUGUGUCUUUCGGUUCUGCUUCGGGCAGUACGAAGUGCUUGGUUGAUGGUACGGAUGGAGCACUUUCGGAAAGUUGCGCACAAUGCUAUGGAACCUCCGUGGCCUGCGGUGGUCAGCAUUGCAUGAUGCAAUGCCUGGCAGGACCUGGCUCUGCUAAAUGCCUUGCAUGUGUUGAUAAAACUUCAUGCAAUCCACAGCUCUAUCAGUGUACUGGAUACGGAGCAAGCGAGAUGCCUCCACCGCCUACGAGCCCGGCACCUCUACCUAAGACGACUCAGGCUCCCACUACCACUACUACCACCACUACCACGACUACCGAGGCUCCCACUACUACUACUACUACUACUACUACCACUACUACAACCACGACUACUGACAAGGCUCCCACUACAUCUGCCGCUUCUACUUCAGAGACUGCUUCUACCACCACUGAGGCUGCCUCUACCACCACUGAGGCUGCUUCUACCACCACUGAGGCUGCCUCUACCACCACUGAGGCUGCUUCUACCACCACUGAGGCGGCUUCUACCACCACUGAGGCUGCCUCUACCACCACUGAGGCUGCUUCUACCACCACUGAGGCGGCUUCUACCACCACUGAGGCUGCCUCUACCACCACUGAGGCUGCUUCUACCACCACUGAGGCGGCUUCUACCACCACUGAGGCUGCUUCUACCACCACUGAGGCGGCUUCUACCACCACUGAGGCUGCUUCUACCACCACUGAGGCUCUUUCGACCACGCAAAGCCCUAGCUCAACUUCCGAGUCUGUUACCAGUUCUACUUCAACCUCGAGUGUCAGCACCACUGCUAGUCAAUCCACUUCCCAGAAUUCUACCAAGACAUCGACAACCUCGACUACUUCAACUGCUACUACUUCCACCAAGACAACUACUACCACCACUUCCAGUACUACAACCAGCAGCCGCAUGACUAUAGACCCUGCUGGAGAAACUACUCAUCCCGCUGCUACCACCACAGCUGCGCCCACAAGCGAUGCUUACGGUUUGGGCAGUGUGGCUUCGAUUUUGGUUGGAUCUAUUGUUGCCGUUCUCUUCGCGUAA